AGAAGUACAGAGGCGCCAUGUCUCCAUGAAAAAAGACAAAUAUGCAACCCAUGCCGAAAAGGCGCGAAACAAUGACGAAGCCAUUAAGUCAGCAUACGCUAAUAAUGUGCAUGUAAAACGUUUAAACUUCUUGCUCGAUGCAGCAGGAAUCAUGAGUACCGUGUGUCCUAAUAUCAGUAGGAGUUAUGUAAAAGAAUUGAGAGAAAUUGCACAGAAACAUGUUAUAAGACUUCAUGCAUCAUUUAAACGUUAUUUCUGCAAAGGUUGCAAUACUGUACUCUUACCAGGAGUCAACGCUGUUGUUAGGGCAGAGAGCCAUGGAAACAUGUUGCAAUCUGAUCCCGGAAACAAACGUGAACGUUACCAUGACUCGACCGUGGCUAUACUGAAAAAUGACCAUGUUACCGAUGAAGUGUUAAUAGAUGCAUCUUUAUAUGAUUGGAUGGCAGUAACAUGUUGUAUAUGCACGAGAACUCGCAGAACGAAACUAGAACCCUGUGAUAACAUGAUGUCCCUUCCAAAAGAUGGGAUAUCUAACGAACCAUAAAUGCAGGUCAUAAAAAGGCA